AUCAAGAGCUGGACACUUAACCAACUGAGCCACCGAAGCACCUCUAAAAAAUUUAUUAAUAAAAUGCAUCAAAUGGUAAAACCUCUAGGAUCAUAGUAAUAGAUGUUAAAAGAGCAGUUGAUAAAAUUCAACAUCAGUUAUUGAUGAAAAUAAAUUUUAGUAAACUAGAGAUAAAAGGAGUCUUUUUACCUCACAACACAUUGAAUUUGAAGUGACCCACCAGAUCCUGUGAAAAAGCAACACUCCAUUAGAGUAAGGAAGAAAACAAGGGUCCAUGUUAUUCCACCAUUACUGUUCUGAUGUGCUGCUACAAUGAGACAAAACAACAGCAUCACACAGGAACACACAAGAAGAUCCAAGGCUAAGGCAGAUGGAGAAAAUGCUUUUAAAGUAAGACUUAGUAUCAGAACAGCUCUGGGAGAUAACGCAUAUGCCUGGGAUACAAAUGAGGAAUAUCUCUUCAAAGCAAUGGUGGCUUUCUCCAUGAGGAAAGUUCCCAACAGAGAAACGACAGAAAUUUCCCACGUCCUAGUUUGCAAUGUAACCCAGCGAGUGUCAUUCUGGUUUGUGGUUACAGAUCCUUUGAAAAAUCACACCCUUCCUGCUGUUGAGGUACAGACAGCCAUAAGAAUGAAUAGGAACCGGAUCAACGGUGCCUUCUUUUUGAAUGACCAGACUCUUGAAUUUUUAAAAAUUCCUUCCACUCUUGCACCACCCACCGACCCAUCUGUGCCCAUCUGGAUUAUUAUAUUUGGUGUGAUAUUUUGCAUUGUCAUAGUUGCAGUCAUGCUAUUGAUUUUAUCAGGAAUCCGGCAACGUAGAAGGAUGAGCAAAGGACCAACUGAAGUGGAUGACUCUGAAGAUAAGUGUGAAAACACGAUCACAAUUGAGAAUGGCAUCCCCUGUGAUCCCUUGGACACUAAGGGAGGGCACAUUAACGAUGCCUUCAUGACAGAGGAUGAGCGGCUCACCCCUCUCUGAAGGGCUGCUGUUUUGCUUCCCCAAGGAACUCAACACUUGUUUCUGCGCAACUGCUAAGCAUUAUAAAUGAUCAAAGGCAGAUUGUAUAUUUUGUUUCACCAUUCUUCUUUUGUAAGAAAUUUUCAAUGUGCAUGAAAGUAAAAGGCAAUCAGUUAUAUCCAUGAAGACCUUUGGAAUCAUAAGCUGUUGACUACUCAGAAUAUUCCAAAAUAUUUCCCCAACAACACAAUGUGUAAUUGUAGUCAUGUGGUGUCUUUAGUUAUUGGUUUAAAAAUGCAUUUGUGUUAAGCAUUUCCAGAAAUAAGGUCAGGCCACUACAUGUAUUUUUUUUCACACUUUGAAGACCUAAAGAGAAAUAUUUUUUCCAGUGGAAAAUACCUAUAAUAUGGUAUGGAAAUCUUUGAAAGUGGAUCCUUUUUGAAUAUUGUUUUGUAUCACUCUGCACAUGACUAAGAAAUCAAGAAUAGAAAAUAAUGAUUAUAACUGAGAUGGAUGAAUAUGGGAGUAUCAAUACAUGAGGUGAAAUUUGAUCCUGUUAUCAUACCAAUACUUGCUUAUUCUCUAUCAGUCUCUGAUAGGGUAGCCCUGUUUGUUGACUAUUUCUGCAAUUUGUAAAAGUACAAUCUAUGUGAAUUUAA